CACUCGGUUGGGAUUUCUGAACCACGGGAGAAACACCGGAAAGGCUUUUGGUGAUAAACCGCCGCAUUUUGGGAGAAUACGUCACAAUUUAUGGUGACACAGACACACAGAGAGUUACUUUGUAGAGCUUUUAAAGAUGGAAGCUGAACUAUGAGGCGUUGUGUAUUUGCUGAAGACUGAGUGAACCAUGGCACAGUUCCCGACUGCUUUCACAGGACAAGACGUGUUUCUGAUCACUCCGGAUGAAAGAGCCAAACAUGAUCAGCAGUUUCAUGGCCUCGCUCUGUCUGCUGGGGGUUACAUAACAGGUGACCAGGCUAAAAACUUUUUCCUUCAGUCAGGGCUGCCCCCACCCAUCCUGGCCCAAAUAUGGGCUUUGGCUGAUAUGAACAGCGAUGGCCGAAUGGAUAUCCACGAGUUCUCCAUCGCCAUGAAACUCAUCAAACUGAAGCUCCAGGGUCACUCUCUGCCACCAACGCUUCCUCCCAGCAUGAAGCAGCCGCCGCUCUCCUUACCCCCACAGGCCAGCUUUGGUAUGCCCCCUAUGGCACCCAUUCCGACUCCCAUCCCAGCCCCCCUCCCAGUUGUGCCCCCACUCCCUCUUCCUCCUCUUCCCGUUGGGGUGUCUCCUCCUCUCGUCUCUUCGGCUCCUCCGCCUCUGCCUCCACCUAUUGCCAACGGAGCUCCUCCCACUGCUAUGAUGCCGCCCGUCUCAGGCUUCCCCCACUCAGCUCCCUCUGUGAACAAGACCUCUUCGUUCAAUCGUUCCAGCACCAAGCUGCAGAAGGGCUCAUCAUUUGAUGCUGCAGGUACUCAGCCUCCCUCUGACUGGGCAGUUCCUCAGUCCUCCAGACUAAAGUACAGGCAGCUUUUUAACUCCCACGAUAAGAUGAUGAGUGGAUACCUCACCGGACCCCAGGCUCGCACUAUUCUGAUGCAAUCCAGCCUUCCUCAGAGCCAGUUAGCCACCAUCUGGAGUCUGUCAGACAUUGAUCAGGAUGGGAAGCUAACAGCAGAGGAGUUCAUCUUGGCUAUGCACCUCAUAGACAUGGCCAUGUCAGGGUUACCACUGCCUCCAGUAUUGCCAGCAGAUUACCUCCCGCCAACCUUCAGGCGUGUACGAAGUGACAGCGUCCAGUCAGACCAGAAGAGUGUCCCGGAGGAGAUUGAGGAAGAGAACGAGAGCAACCAGGAGAAGAAACUACCAGUGACAUUUGAGGACAAGAAGAGGGAGAACUUCGAAAGAGGAAACCUGGAGCUGGAGAAAAGACGCCAGGCUCUCCAGGAGCAGCAAAGGAAAGAGCAGGAGCGGCUGGCAGCACUGGAGAGGGAGGAACAGGAGAGGAAGGAGCGCGAGCGUCUGGAACAGGAGAGGAGGCGACAACAGGAGCUGGAGAAGCAGCUGGAGAGGCAACGAGAGCUGGAGAGGCAAAGAGAAGAAGAACGGCGCAAGGAGAUAGAAAGGAGAGAGGCAGCUAAGCGAGAACUGGAGCGUCAGCGUCAGUUGGAGUGGGAGCGCCAGCGUCGCCAGGAGCUCCUAACGCAAAGAAAUCGAGAACAAGAAAGUAUAGUGCUGCUCAAAGCUCGGAAGAAGACGCUGGAGUUUGAACUGGAGGCUCUGAAUGAUAAGAAGAACCAGCUGGAAGGUAAACUGAAGGAUGUUCGGUUUCGUCUUUCAACUCAGCGGAGAGAGAUGGAGCAGACCAAUCAGACGAGAGAGACGCGCAUCGCGGAAAUCACACAGCUUCAGCAGCAGCUUCAGGACUCUCAACAGUGGCUGGGGAGGCUCAUUCCUGACAAGCAGAAUCUGAAUGAGCAGUUAAAGCAGGUCCAGCAGAACAGUUUACACCGUGACAGCCUGUCAUCGCUGCAGAAAGCCAUUGAACAAAAGGAGAAUAGCAGGCAGCAGCUGAAAGAGCAGUUGGAUUCAGUGGAGAGAGAGACCAGAGCUAAACUGUUGGAAAUAGACGCCUUCAACACACAACUAAAGGAACUGCGGGAGAUCCACAGCCGGCAGCAGAGGCAGAAGCAGAAGGAGUUGGAGGGAGGCGCUCAGUCACUCUCUCAAUCUUACAUGCAAACGGCAAUUGAAAGGAAGUCUGCCGAGCUGCAGGAGGGCGGGUCAUCGUCAAAGGAAGGAAUGGCCUGGCGGGGAGAAACAGGAAGCUCUGCCCCUAAAGUUCCUAGCCCCGCCUCCGUGUCUGCCUCGCACGCCUGGCUAAACAGAGUGACUCAGGAGGAAGAGGACAGGAAGAGAAGAGGGAUGGAGGAGGAAGACGAGGGCAGUAAAGGGGCUGGCUCAGUGGAAGAGAAGGAUGUGGAGAGCAGAGGAAAGAAGGACAUGCAGGAGAAACUGAACAAGCUGUUCAGCCAGCCAUCCGACCCCUGGGCUUCAGCAGUAGACAAGGCUCCUGUCCCAAGUCUGUUUGACCAGAAAGCUUCUGCCAGUGGCUUCGAGCAACAAAAACAGCAACAGGCAGUGAAGGUGGUCUACUACAGGGCUCUUUAUCCAUUUGAUGCUCGUAGUCACGAUGAGAUCAGCAUUCAGCCUGGUGAUAUCAUCAUGGUGAAGGGGGAAUGGGUGGAUGAGUCUCAAACUGGGGAGCCUGGGUGGCUGGGGGGUGAGCUGAGAGGCAGAACCGGUUGGUUCCCAGCUAAUUAUGCAGAGCGGAUACCUGAAAGUGAAGCACCAAUCAGCUUGCGGCCUCCGUCUUCGGCCACACCCCCGUCGACCCAGCAGCCAAGGGCCACUCCCCCUUCAGCCUCCGGACACACCUCCACCUCAACAUCUUCUGCUAACAGCAACUGGGCCGACUUCAGCACCACUUGGCCAUCCAGCACAGCGAGCCAGUCGGACAGUGAGGGAUGGGACGCCUGGCCUACCUCCUCAGCCAAUCAGAAUCCCUCUCUCAGCGUUCCAUCGGCACAGUUACGGCAACGCUCCGCCUUCACGCCUGCCACAAUGACGACAGGCUCCUCACCUUCUCCUGUACUAGGACAGGGGGAGAAGGUGGAGGGACUUCAGGCCCAGGCCUUGUAUCCUUGGAGAGCCAAGAAGGACAACCACCUCAACUUCAACAAAAAUGAGAUCAUAACGGUGUUGGAGCAGCAGGACAUGUGGUGGCUGGGUGAGCUUCAGAACGGACAAAGAGGCUGGUUCCCCAAAAGUUACGUCAAGCUCAUCUCGGCCAACAUGGCGAUUCCCUCUGCUGCCGCUGCUGCUGCUGCAGUCCGCAGCAAAAACACUAAUGAAGCUGGAAUAUCAGAGAGUCCGCCCAAUGGGAAACGACCCUCAUCCUCUCCAGCAAAACCUUCUGAAUCUGGAGAAGAAUAUGUGGCCAUGUACACCUAUGAGAGCAGUGAACAGGGGGACCUUAGUUUCCAGCAAGGAGACAUCGUUGUGGUGACCAGGAAAGAAGGGGAUUGGUGGACAGGCAUGGUGGGGGGAAAGACUGGAGUCUUUCCUUCCAACUACGUCAAACCACGUGACUCAGUGUCAGAGUCCCUGGGACCAGCAGGGAAGACGGGAAGUCUGGGGAAGAAACCAGAGAUCGCUCAGGUGAUCGCUGCUUACACUGCAACGGGCGCAGAGCAGCUGACAUUAGCACCGGGACAGCUCAUCCUCAUCAGGAAGAAGAAUCCCGGGGGCUGGUGGGAGGGCGAGCUGCAGGCUCGGGGGAAAAAGCGGCAGAUUGGUUGGUUCCCAGCCAAUUAUGUGAAGCUUCUGAGUCCCAGCACCAGCAAGACCACUCCCACUGAGCCCACACCUCCUAAACUGGCUCCUGCCAGCACAGCUCUAUGUCAGGUGAUCGGCAUGUAUGACUACGUGGCCCAGAACGAUGACGAGCUGGCCUUCCAGAAGGGCCAGGUGAUCAACGUGCUCAACAAGGACGACUGUGAUUGGUGGAAAGGAGAACUUAACGGGAGGGAAGGCCUGUUUCCUAGCAACUACGUCAAACUGACGACAGACACAGACCCAAGCACGCAGUGGUGCGCUGACCUCCACCUGCUGGACAUGCUGAGUCCGAUGGAGAGGAAGAGACAGGGCUACAUCCACGAGCUGAUCGUCACAGAGGAGAACUACGUCAACGAUCUGCAGCUGGUCACCGAGAUCUUCCAUAAGCCUCUGCUGGAGUGUGAGCUGCUGACAGAGAAGGAAGUGGCCAUGAUCUUUGUGAACUGGAAGGAGCUCAUCAUGUGCAACAUCAAACUUCUCAAGGCUCUCAGGGUGAGGAAGAAGAUGUCGGGCGAUCGGAUGCCUGUGAAGAUGAUUGGCGACAUCCUGACCAACCAGCUGCCCCACAUGCAGCCGUACAUCAGGUUCUGUUCAUGUCAGCUGAACGGGGCCACACUGAUUCAACAGAAGACAGAUGACAAUCCUGAGAUCAAAGACUUCCUCAAGAGAUUAGCCAUGGAUCCCAGGUGCAAAGGGAUGCCUCUGUCCAGUUUUCUACUCAAGCCGAUGCAGAGAGUCACACGCUACCCUCUCAUCAUCAAAAAUAUCUUAGAAAACACUCCAGAGUCUCAUCCAGACCACAGCCAUCUGAAAGCAGCGCUGGAGAAAGCAGAGGAGCUCUGCUCACAGGUGAAUGAAGGCGUCAGAGAGAAGGAGAACUCUGAUCGGCUGGAAUGGAUUCAGGCUCACGUUCAGUGUGAGGGGCUGUCAGAGCAACUGGUGUUCAACUCGGUCACCAACUGUCUGGGACCCAGGAAGUUCCUCCACAGCGGGAAGCUGUUCAAAGCGAAGAGCAGCAAGGAGCUCUACGGCUUCCUGUUCAACGACUUCCUGCUGCUCACACAGGUGACCAAGCCUCUGGGCUCAUCAGGUUCUGACAAAGUCUUCUCCUCAAAAACCCACCUGCAGUACCGCAUGUACAAAACGCCGAUCUUUCUGAACGAAGUGUUAGUAAAGCUGCCAACAGAUCCAUCCGGGGAUGAGCCUCUGUUUCACAUCUCACACAUAGACCGAGUUUACACCCUCCGAGCUGAAAGCAUCAAUGAACGGACAGCGUGGGUUCAGAAAAUUAAGGCCGCCUCGGAGCUUUUCAUUGAGACGGAGAAGAAGAAGCGGGAGAAGGCAUAUUUAGUCCGUUCUCAGAGAGCGACCGGGAUCGGCAGGCUGAUGGUUAACAUCGUGGAGGGCAUCGAGCUCAAACCUUGUCGCACCCAUGGUAAAAGCAAUCCUUACUGUGAAGUCACCAUGGGCUCUCAGUGCCAUAUCACAAAAACAGUACAGGACACUUUGAAUCCCAAGUGGAAUUCCAAUUGUCAGUUUUUUAUUAAGGACCUUGAACAGGACGUCCUCUGCAUCACUGUGUUUGAACGAGACCAGUUCUCACCUGACGACUUCCUCGGCAGGACUGAGAUCCGAUUGGCCGAGAUAAAGAAGGACCAGGGCUCCAAAGGACCAAUCACGAAGAGGCUGCUGCUUCAUGAGGUUCCCACGGGGGAGAUUGUCGUUAGACUGGACCUGCAGCUGUUUGAAGAGCCGUGAAAAGAGCGGCAGGUUGGACCAGAUGGGACCGGCCCGGGAACCAACUCAGAGAAACGAAAAAGGGACAGUGCAGCUGGACUGGAAUAAACUGGACCAGAGGCCUGGAAUGGGUUGAGGUUACUCAUUGUGUGUUCUGGCUGUUAAUGUUUAGGAAGAUUAAUAUGUGAACAGCAAGAUUUUCUCUGAAAGAAAACCCCAGGUAGAGUCAGUAACACUAAAUAUCAUCCUCCUUAACAACAACCUGAAAUGCCAUGUCAGUUUUAUUUUCUUUGCCAUUUUUUUCCAUUAUUUGGAAGAAAUUAACAAUAAAAGGGCUUACUUGGGAUCAAAUGGAGAACAUUUUCAAAAAAUAAGAGAACCCUAGCUACAUAUCUUGGAUCGACAUAUUUAUCUGUAAAAGUCAGGAUGUUAAGGUUCAGCCUUGUCACCACAACAAAUUUAGGACGUUAAGUUGUCCCAGAAAUUAUUUCACUAAACAAUAAUAUUGCUGUAUUGAGACCAUUUUAAGUACUUUAUCAAAUUAAAGUCUAUUGUUUAUUGAUAAGGCAGACCUGCAAUAGUGUUUAUCAGUAAACAAUAGUCUUUAAUUUUGUGAAAAACUCUUUAACACUGGGACUAGAGGAUAUUUAAAAUAUCCAAGAAAAAACAUGACAACCAAAAACCAUAAAUAAAAAAACAUUUAUAAGCAAAACCAUAAAGAAAAUGGAUUGUGAUGUUUCUGUAAACAAAAUUGACCUUUAAAAAUCAGAAUGGAAAUUAUCAAGCUCAUUUUAAUUUAUCAUUCAAAAUUGAUUACUUAUUCCAACAGUCUUAAUUGGGCUACCAAUGUAUUAAUUGCAAAUAUUUAUCAGAAAGCAAGAUGUGAAGUUGCCUUGGUUAGCUUAGAACACUGCAAAAACACAAACUAUAGAAUUUUUGUUCUAGUUUUUAAUGCAAAUAUUGAAAUAAGACAAAACUAACUUGAAAGUAACUUUUCAGCAAGGAAUAGCAGCUCUUUUUAAGUCAAUAAUUCCUUAAUAUUAAUGAGAAAGUAUUAGUCAUAAAUGAAAUAAAAGAACUAGUUCUCUUACAUUAGCAUUAAUAAAUUAUUGACUUAAAACUUGCUCCAACUUCUUAUUGAAAUGUUACUAAGAUGUUUGUACUGGAGACGAGACCAAAAAUACUUGCUAAGAUUUUUGUGUUUUUUGCUGUGAAUACUUAAUGGCAGUAAAAUAAUGAAAAUCCCAGUGCCCCCUUUCUGGUCCAGUUAAUCCCAGUCUGCUUCUGUCCCAGUUCUGUGGGUUCCAGGUUGAAUUCGGUCCAAGUCCGAACUCAGAUGGGUUGUUGCUGUUUCCGCCUCUUCUGCUUUUAUCCAGACAGUCUUAGAGAAACUCCAGUGACAAUCCCUCCUUUUUUUUAUGUCCCUCCAAACUUAACCGCUGUGUGUGAUUGAGUGUGUGCAAGAUCAGGUGUGAAUGACUAGAAAAGUUUAAAGUCAGGUAGGUGACCUUUAAAGGCACUGAACAGCUUCUCAAACUCUUAAUCAAUUUUUCAAAGCUUUAGCAAUGAGCUAUAGAACUUAAAAAGGGAUCUUGAUAGUUUUGUUGUUAACCUCAACUGAACACAUGCCACAUUUCCUCAGAAAGUGCUUAAUAUGUACAGGUGUAUUGAAAACCAUGCUGAUAAGCUGAAAAAAAAAAAAGAUUUUAAGCAAGUAUAUGAUAGGUAUUCAGUAUAAAUGACCAACGUACAGACAUGUCAAUGUGUCGGAGUUACAGUCAAUGCAGUGAACAGGUACAAAAGCUGAUUUCAAUCAAGGUACUGUGAACAAGAAUGUCUUAACUUUUAUUUUCUGUUGCGCAUCUCAGCUCUGACAUGUUGCUGCAGUGUUAAUCUGUCAUGGUUGUCAUUACUAUGCAGGGAGAGGGGGAAGAAAAUGAACAAAUGGGAGGUCUCUGUGGUUCAGGGCGUUUUGAAGAAGCUCCAUGAAACAUAUUCUCAGUUCCAGUCCUUAAUCCUCCAGAAGGUUCAAUACAGAAACCAUUUUAAUAUACGUCAGCACUCCUAGCACUUUGAAAAUAGACGCUGUUCCCGAUAUUUCAGUAGAAAAUGAUCCAAGUCAACAUGACACCCAGCAGCCAUUUUGAGUAGUCAGUCAGAAAGUUUGCCUGGAGGAUAAAACAUUCAGUCAGAUCUGUUUCACCUCAAUAUUUAUACCUCUACUAACAUCUCUAUAGGAUAGGGCAAGGGCAGGCGUGUCAACAUCCAGUUCUCGAGGGCCGGUGUCCUGCAACUUUUAGAUGUGCCUCUGCUGCAACACACCUGAAUAGAAUAAUUAGGUCAUUAGCAAGACUCUGGAGAACUGAUCUACACAAGGAGGAGGUAAUUAAGCCAUUUCAUUCCUGUGUUUUGUACCUGUGGCACAUUUAAAAACUGCAGGACAGUGGCCCUCGAGGACUGGAGUUUGACACCCCUGGGCUAGGAUCUGUUAGUAUAACCCUCAAGUUAUACUAACUUGAAAAAAUGACUUUGUGGAGCCAAUGCUCAGAAUCAUCAGUGGUUUUCUUUUAAAUAUUUUAAAAGACCCACUUUAACAGCAAGAUAGUGGAAAAAAAUGUAUUAUCAAAAUAAACACCAACCAGGUAAAAUAUUAAUCAGCAGUAAGCUUUUACUGCUGGAAUGACAGAUAAGAUUUGUGAAGUUUAAAAAAAAAAGUUGUUCAUGUUGGCACUAUGUUUCUGUUUGCACACAUUUAAUACAUAUCAAGUUGUUCAUUUUAAUCCAACAACAGUAGAAAUAUGAUCUAACACAUAAAAACAAAACAAGAUUAUAGACUCCAGUAAUCAAAACGAUCAAUUAGUUAAACAAGCAAAGUAGUCAAUUGACCAUCCAUCCAUCCAUGCUAGUGAUGGGUAAAUGAAGUGUCAUGAAGUGUUUCGACCCAUAGCAAAACUGUAUUGAUACUGUGUCAAUACUGUGUCACUGAAUACUGACACCUGCUGGACAUUAAAAAUUCCUACAGGCAACGUAGUUGACGGACUGAUUUGAUGACCUUGUCUAUACAAUUAGAUUUAAGUCACUGUAUAUUAUUUAAAGUCAUAUCUUCCAUUUCAAAUAUUGGCAUGUUUAGAAAAAGUCCUUCAAGUUCCACUAAAAGUACCUAAAUAAAUACCACAGAAGCAUGGAAAAACAAGUAUCAAAGUCAUACAGCAACAUUACCGAGACAGUGGCAUCUAUUGAAGCACAGAUAUAGAAAAACUAAACGAGGCGAAUCAGAUAGAAAUGAAUUAAAAAGUGACCCAAGAAUGGAGCCUUGAGGAACCCCAUAGUUGAUCUGUUGGUUUAUAUUUGUGACAAAAGUCUACCAGGCAAGUCUGCUUCUCUCCUUCUACAACCAAACUAUUGGUUGUGUAUUUUCAACUGUGCUACAUGACUGAGAUGUAUUAUAGUUGUUGACAUGCUGCUGUUAAAAUGUCUUUAAGCUUAAACUUUUAAAGUAUGAUUUCAGUGAUCAAAAACAUGACAACAUGUAAUUACAGAGAUAUGGGUUAAAAUCCCAACCAGGGAUCUUUUUGUCUGAUGUGGUGAGGAAUUAGUAAAGAGCUACAUGCCAGUUACCCAUUUGGUUUAAUUUUUCUGUUUUUUUAGUUCAUCUUACAAAAUAAUAACUUUGGCAAAAUAGUUAUAAAUAAUAAAUCUUAUAAAACCGAACUGCAACUUACUUAGCAAGGAUUUUGGUUGUCUGAAGAGCUAUAUGCAGCCUGUGUGAAAUAGGUUGAAGAAAAGCCAUUGAAAACUGUAAUGUCUGAUUUAUUUUAGCUAAUUCUUCCAUUGUUACACAUCAAAGCUUGUAAUUUGAGAAAGAUGGGCCUGUUAAAAAAAUAAAGAAAGCUACUAAACUACAUAGUGCUAGUGCCUUUACAUGAACAUGCUAACACUUCUUGGCCUUAUACAAAAGAAUGCUUCAUUUUAAUUAAACCAAUUCACUUUUAGCAUAUCUCUAACAUGAUUUCUGAGUUUAAAACAAUUAGAAUUUUGUCCGAGUUUAAUGCUUUUGAAUAUUCAAAAUGGCAGCUACAUUAGCUGGUGGGACAACUAACAGUGAAGUUGUAGAUGUGUUAGUUAUCUAGUUACUUUGCCUGAUAGUAAAUCUAGAUAGUACUUUUAAUUUGAAGCCACAGUUACAAUAAUAUUCUGAAUAAUAAAUGACAAAACAGCUUAGUGACCAGCCACUGUCUAAUCAGCAGCUUAAGUAUGUUGAAAGAUGUGAACGAAUGUUGGUGUUUGUGGCAGACAAAACCAGUAACGACGAUUCUAAAUGGUUUCCCUCUCUUACUCUUCCCUUCACACCGUACUGAAACUAACCCGGUCCAGUUUGAGCCUGUUCUUACUGUCUACCUUCCAGGUUGUGAAUAAUACUGCUGUUACCUGAGAGUUAAUAUAUGAGGAGCGAUGACAACAAGCCUGUUGUUAAUUAUCACUGUAGAAGAUAAUGUAUGUACUUGUCUUUCAAUGUUCAGAAUAAAAUUCAUUUGGACCAAGA